CCCAUCUUGACCGAUUCUUGGCGCCGAGCAGAGGGGAGGUCAGUGGGAGAGGGGAAGGCUUCUCAGAAGGGGACACGGCCCGCGCCUUCCAAGAAACAGCCUCCUUCGAAGUAGCCUUCCCCCCUCCCCCUGCCCCCUUUGUGCGCGCCGCCAAGUGUUUCCGGCUCGACCAGCUCAGACUCCCAGGCCGCCUCCAGUGCCCGUCGUCGUCACGGACAGCGGACUGACGGGGACGGCGCCCGAGCGGUGGACCUUCGACUACCUGGAGCGCCACCUCCGGGACGUGGACAACUUCUUCGUCCUCUGCGCUCGGCCUGCGAGCAGGGGCCGCUUUCCCUACUACGACAUGGGCCCAGGCAAGAAUCCCUGCAACUACGAGGUGAAUCCGAUCAAGCGCGUCGAGAUGCGCUUCCCAGACUUCCGCCGCAGGGCCAUGGACUCUCUCCGCUGCGAGCGGGCAGGGGAGCCCUCCGAGGCGUUCUACCUCCAGAACACCCUCCUCCACCGUGAAGAGUCCGAGGAGGGCCCCCCGAGGCCCGUGGGCUCGUUCGGCACCGCCUGCGGGCAGCAGGUUGGAGCGGACAUCGCGAACUUCAGAUGGAGCUGGCUGAAGCAGAUGAUGGGCGGACGGAACGCGCAGAUGUGCCAGCUGUUCUGCGGCGUGGCCGGCGGCUUCUCUCCCUGCCACUACGAUCCGCAGGACAACCUCUUCGCCCAGGUGCGCGGCUACAAGCGCGUGCUCCUCUUCCACCCCAGGCACUGGCCGCGCCUCUACCCGUGGCCGGUGCACCACCCGCAGGACCGCCAGAGCAGGGUGGACUUCGAGGGGCCGGACCUCGCCAGCUUCCCCCGCUUCUCGGAGCUGCGCGGCUGCGGCCUGGAGGCGGUGCUGGGGCCAGGGGACGCGCUGCGGAUACCACCCUGCUGGUGGCACCACGUCGAGAUGCUGCCCUCACCGCCGGAUGGCGAGGUCGUCAGCAUCAACUUCUGGUACCCGCCGCCGUCCUGGUUCUACGGCGACCUGGCGGCGGGCGACAUGGCCUGGGACAAGCCCCUCUUCGGGGCAAAGCGCGUCCUGUUCCAGAGGUGCAUCGAGGACUUCAUUGCGCAAGCGGCCAGCCCCGCCGAGGUCCCCGAGGUCCUGAGCAUGUGCGGGGAGCAGUCCCGGCUGCCUCCCCCGGGCAGCCACCUCGCUGAGGUGGUGCAGGACGCGAGGGCCUUCGUGGCGACCGUGUUCCCCGAUCCCGCCGAGCAGAGGGCCGUCUGGGCGGAGGUGCUGCAGGGCCGGUUCCUGGGCCUCGCGCCCCGCGGCGGCUGACUGCCCGCGGCGCGCGGGGCGGAUAAGAGCAGGCCGCGGGGGCGCCGCCCUGCCGCGGCGGCUGGCCGGCAGCGACGGCCAGGGCCUCCGGAGCCAGGCCGCCGCCGCCGCAGCGCGUGCAGCGAGAGGGCAGGUCGCGCACCGGAGGCCCCGCCCUUGCUCGGGGCCGCUCCUGCGCGGGGCCGAGUCCGGCAAGCCCACGGGCCGGCCUGCCUCUCGGCCUCGCGGGCUCGCGAGGCGGGUGUCUUGGAGGCCGGA